AUGAGUGCUUCUAAUACUGAUUCUCCAAGUGCUUCCACCUCUACAAGGAAAAGAAAAGCUAUAACUUUGGAAGAAAAACUUGAAGUUGUGAAGAGAUACAAAAGAGGUGAGAAGACAAAGGAAAUUAGGUGUGCUACAGGGCUCAGUAAGUCAACUCUCAGUACAAUUAGGGACAAUGUAGAGAAAAUUAAGGAGUCCAGUAAGAGUGCUACACAUUUAUCUACUUCCCGUGUUUCAUUGACAAGGUUGGCCAUCAUGAAGAAAAUGGAACACAAGUUGACAACAUGGAUUGAGCACCAGAAUCAAGAACACAUGCCACUUUUGAUCCAGGUGAUUCAAGCAAAGGCACGCAGCAUGUUUGAAGUGCUGAAGUGUGAUGAUCCUGAAGCCAAGCCUUUUAAUGCAAGUGCCGGAUGGUUUGAUAGAUUUAAUGCACACCAUGGAUUUCGUAAUCUCAAGCUGGCGGGCAAAGCAGCAGCUGCUGAUAAAAGUGCUGCAGAUAAAUUUCCUUCAAUCCUACAGGCUGCCAUUGAGGAAGAAUGCUACGAUCUGAGGCAAGUUUCCAACUUGGACGAAACCAGACUCUUCUGGAAACAAGUUGCAUGUUUAUCUCAGUUGAGGGGAGAACUGCCCCAGGGUUCAAGGCCGCGAAGGAUCGGUGUACACUGCUGCUCAGAGUGA